CUGAGUUAUUUGAAUAUGGUUUUCCCUGCAACAAUAAUCCAUUAAAUAGCUGCCCUCUACUGGUCAGAUAUCAAACAGACCACAUGCACUUUCGUUUUCUCAAUAUCGAGACAAACAUUUCACUUGGAUCCUCGGCUCUCUUUCACUUAAGUGUUACUUUGAUUCUAGACACAUCAGCAAACAUUCGCUUCUCUGAUCAAAAAUGGCAUUCAAUUUUUCAUUUGGUGAAGCUACAUCUUCAGGCACCAAUUCCAGCAGCAAGCCUGAAACAGGAAUUUUUCUUGCUGCCACAUCUUCAAACACCAAAUCUGCUCACAAACCUGAAAAAGUGACAAAAACUCAGUUCUCUCCUCUAGAUCUUUCACCCUUGCUGGCAAACCAGUGGAGAAAUAUGGUUUGGAGUGAAGAAGUGAAAGAGACACUGAUGGAGUCGGUCAGGUCAUUUAAACCAGCCAGUGAGAAUGUUACUGAAGCCAGAAUUCUGCUGAUCGGUCCAGUUGGCGCUGGGAAGUCCAGCUUCAUCAGUUCUGUCCAGUCUGUCUUCUCUGGACGGGUCAUUAACAGAGCCAUGGUGGGCUCAUCAUCCUCUACCAGCUUCACUAAAAAGCUUCGCUCUUUCAACAUCAGAGGGGCAGGAGAGAAGGCAGACGAGCCCACAGCUCUGGUCUUGUGUGACGUCAUGGGAGUAGGUGAAGGAGAAAGCACUGGACUGACUCUUCAUGAUGCGCUGUCUGUCAUUAAAGGACAUGCUCCAGAGGGACACCAGUUUAGUCCCGAGCAGCCAAUUGGAGCUGAUACUGUGGGCUACGUGAGGAAACCAAACAUCAAAGAUAAAGUGCACUGUGUGGUGUUUGUAGUAGACGGCUCAAAGGUCGGUUCAUACGCCAAAAGCUUUGGCACAACCUUCCAACAGCUAAGAGACCAUAUCAGCAACUUAGGUGUACACCAAGUGGCAUUACUGACCCAUGUGGACCAAGUUUGUAAAGCUACUGGAAGUGACAUCACCCAGGUUUACAAGAGCCAGACUAUUCAGCAGGCAAUGGUGAAGACGGGAGCCCUGCUGGGAAUGGCCACAUCCUACAUUGUCCCAGUGAAGAACUACUGCUCAGAGCUGGAUCUGGAUGAAAACACAGAUAUCCUACUGCUCAAAGCUGUUGAUCAUAUCUUACAAUAUGUCAAUCUAUAUUUCCAAGACAAUGGUGAAUAAAGCACUUCAGUAAGAAAAACGUCACAUGCAUUUACAGAAGUCCCCAAAAUGAGUUCAUCCCAAAUUUGUCCCAGAUUGCUAAAAUGUUGAUGCCAAAGCUUGUAAUUCUUUGCUAUAAUGUUGUGGUGAACUCAAUUUUAUAAAACAACUUUAACUUUCUUAACAGUAUUUAUGCAUUUGAAUUGUCUGUGAAUUAUCAGUAAUUUAUGUGCACCCCUAAGGGCCCAUUUAUACAGGAUGAUAUUAUUUUGCAUUAAAAAAGUGUAGUGGAAUUAAAAAA